AUGGAAUUGCCCUUUGGAUCCCUGGAAACUACCAACUUCCGCCGACUCACCCCAGAGUCCCUGGUGGAGAUUGAGAAGCAAAUUGCUGCCAAGAAGGCUGCAAAGAAAGUCAAAAAGAAGUGCAAGGAGCAAGUGAAUGAAAAAGAGAAGCCUCGGCCUCAGCUGGACUUGAAAGCCUGCAACCAACUGCCCAAGUUUUAUGGGGAGCUCCCAGCUGAGCUGGUUGGUGAGCCCUUGGAGGAUCUAGACCCCUUUUACAGCACAUGCAGGACAUUCAUGGUGCUGAACAAAGGGAGGACCAUUUCACGGUUUAGCGCUACUCGGGCCCUGUGGUUACUCAGUCCUUUCAACCUGAUCAGAAGAACGGCCAUAAAAGUUUCUGUUCACUCAUAUCCUUUGUGGUUCAGUAUGUUUAUCACUCUCACUAUUUUGGCUAAUUGUGUAUUCAUGGCCCGAACUGAUCUUCCAGAGAAAAUUGAGUAUGUCUUCACUGGCAUUUAUACCUUUGAAGCUUUGAUAAAAAUACUGGCAAGAGGGUUUUGUCUAAAUGAGUUCACUUACCUGCGAGAUCCUUGGAACUGGCUGGAUUUCAGCGUCAUUACACUGGCAUACCUUGGUGAAGCAAUAGAUCUUCGUGGGAUGUCGGGCCUGAGGACCUUCAGAGUUCUUAGAGCUUUAAAGACAGUGUCUGUGAUACCAGGGCUGAAAGUCAUUGUGGGAGCCCUCAUUCACUCAGUGAGGAAACUGGCUGAUGUGACAAUCCUCACCGUCUUCUGCCUCAGUGUAUUUGCCCUGGUGGGCCUACAGCUCUUCAAGGGCAACCUCAAGAACAACUGUCUCAAGAAUUGUACAACCAAUGACUCCUAUGAAAUACACGCUUGGAAUGACUGCCAUCAGGGAAAAGAUUACUAUUACAUAAAGAAUGGCACCAGUGAUCCCUUACUUUGUGGCAAUGGAUCUGAUGCAGGUCAAUGCCCUCCUGGCUACCUGUGCCUUAAAACUUCUAGCAACCCAGAUUAUAACUAUACCAGCUUUGAUUCCUUCUCUUGGGCCUUCCUCUCACUCUUUCGCCUCAUGACACAGGAUUCCUGGGAACGCCUUUACCAACAGACCCUGAGGGCAUCUGGGAAAAUCUAUAUGAUCUUUUUUGUGAUUGUUAUCUUCCUGGGAUCUUUCUACCUGGUCAAUUUGAUCUUGGCUGUGGUUACCAUGGCUUAUGAGGAACAGAACCAGGCAACUAUAGAUGAAAUUGAAGCAAAGGAGAAAAAGUUCCAGGAGGCCCUUGAACUACUCCGAAAGGAGCAGGAGGUGCUGGAAGCACUAGGAGUGGACACAAGCUCUCUCCACUCCUACAGUGGGUCUCCUCCAGCUUUCAAAACUUCCAGUGGGCGGAUGCACAGAAUGAAGUCAAAGAUGUCAGAGGGCUCCACAGAGGACAACAAAUCUCCUCAAUCUGAGCCCUACAACCAGCACCAGAAGUCUUUUCUAGGCCUCACCUCUGGGAGACGCCGAGCUAGUCAUGGCAGUGUGUUCCAUUUCCGGGUCCCUGGACGAGAUGUCUCAUUUCCUGAUGGGACCACAGAUGAAGGAGUCCUGUCAGGAGAUCAAGAAAGUAAUCGGGGAUCCCUACUGCUGGGUGGAAGUGUCAGUCAACAAGGUCCUCUCCCUAGGAGCCCACUGCCUGAAGCCCCCAACCGUGGGUCUGGACUUGGAGAAGAUGGACAAACCACACUGCUAGCCAGUGAGACUGUAGCACCAGCCAGUGGCACCAUUGAUAUCUCAGCCACAGAUGCUGGACAGAAGACCUUCCUGUCUGCAGAAUACUUAAAUGAGCCUUUCCGUGUGAAAAGAGCCAUGAGCGUGGUCAGCAUCAUGACCUCCGUCCUUGAGGAAUUUGAGGAGUCUGAACGGAGAUGCCCGCCUUGCUUCACCAACUUGGCUCAGAAGUAUCUCAUCUGGGAGUGCAGCCCCAUGUGGCUCAAGUUCAAGAAGAUUCUCUUUGAGAUCGUGACGGACCCUUUUACAGAACUCACCAUCACCUUUUGCAUCGUGGUGAACACAGUCUUCAUGGCCAUGGAGCACCAUGGCAUGAGCAGAGCCUUUGAUACCAUGCUCCAAAUAGGCAACUAUGUCUUCACUGGGUUUUUCACUGCUGAAAUGUUCCUCAAAAUCAUCGCCUUUGACCCCUACUACUACUUCCAGAAGAAGUGGAACAUCUUUGACUGCAUCAUCGUCACCAUCAGCCUGAUGGAACUAGGCAUGUCCAAGAAAGGGAGCCUGUCUGUGCUGCGGACCUUCCGCCUGCUACGUGUCUUCAAGUUGGCCAAGUCCUGGCCCACCCUAAACACGCUCAUCAAGAUCAUUGGAAAUUCUGUGGGGGCACUAGGGAACCUCACCUUAAUCCUGGCCAUCAUCGUCUUUAUCUUUGCUCUGGUUGGCAAGCAGUUGCUUGGGGAAAAUUACAAGGAAAAGAGGACGGAGAUUGCAGCUAACAACGAACCUUGGCCCCGCUGGCACAUGUACGAUUUCUUCCACUCCUUCCUCAUUGUCUUCCGGAUCCUCUGUGGAGAGUGGAUUGAGAACAUGUGGUUGUGCAUGGAAGUGGGCCAACAGUCUAUCUGCCUGGUCCUUUUCCUGAUGGUGAUGGUGUUAGGGAACCUGGUGGUACUCAACUUGUUUAUAGCCCUACUGCUGAAUUCUUUUAGUGCCGAUAACCUCACAGCCCCAGAGGAGGAUGGCGAAGUGAACAAUCUCCAGGUAGCCCUGGCCCGGAUCCAGACAUUUGGUGGCCGGAUCAGAAAGGCCUUUCACAGCUUUUUCAGCAGGCCCUGCCUGCUCCCCAAGCCCAAGACAGAGCCCCACGAUCUGGUGGUAAAGCUUCCCCUCUCCAACUCUAAAGUGGAGAAUCAUAUCAUGCCCGAGGUUCUCAAGGACCCCCAGGAUGAACUCACCGACUUCAUCACCAAUGCAAAUGUGUGGGUCUCUGUGCCCAUUGCAGAGGCCGAGUCUGACCUCGAAGACCUGGAAGAAGAUGCUGAGGAUGCUCAGAGUUCCACGCAGGAAGCGAUUUCCUCAAUGCAGCAGGAAGCCUUGCAACAAGCCAAGAAAAGUGAGCGCCCUGUGAUACCCAGAAGCCCAGAUUCCAAAACAUCCUCUGAAGAUCUGGCCUUGUACGUGGAUGAGAAAUGGAAGAACAAGCCCACUGAGGCUCCUGUCGAGGGGAUGGACGACACCAGCUCCUCAGAGGGCAGCACAGUGGACUGUCCAGACCCAGAGGAGAUCCUGAAGAAGAUUCCGGAGCUAGCCGAGGACCUCGAGGAGCCAGAUGACUGCUUCACAGAAGGCUGUGUCCGGCAUUGCCCCUGGUGCCAAGUUGACACCACCAAGUCCCCAUGGGUCACAGGUUGGCAGGUGCGCAAGAUCUGCUACCGUAUCGUGGAGCACAGCUGGUUUGAGAGCUUCAUCAUCUUCAUGAUCCUGCUCAGUAGUGGCGCAUUGGCCUUUGAAGACUAUUACCUUGACCAGAAGCCUACUGUGAAGGCCUUACUGGAGUACACUGACCGGGUGUUCACAUUCGUCUUUGUGUUUGAGAUGCUGCUCAAAUGGGUGGCCUAUGGCUUCAAGAAGUAUUUUACCAAUGCCUGGUGCUGGCUGGACUUCCUCAUAGUGAAUAUUUCACUGACCAGCCUGGUAGCAAAGAUUCUGCAGUAUUCUGACAUGGCACCCAUUAAAGCCCUGCGGACCCUACGCGCCCUGAGGCCCCUGCGCGCACUGUCCCGAUUUGAAGGCAUGAGGGUGGUUGUGGAUGCCCUGGUGGGUGCCAUCCCAUCCAUUAUGAACGUCCUUCUUGUCUGCCUCAUCUUCUGGCUCAUCUUCAGUAUCAUGGGCGUGAACCUCUUCGCGGGCAAGUUUUGGAAAUGCAUUGAUACUAGUGAUCCGCUUAUUUUUAUGUCUUUUAAUAAUGUGACGAACAAGACUGAGUGUGAAAAUAAAAACGAAACCGGCCAGUUGUUCUGGGUUAAUGUGAAGGUCAAUUUUGAUAAUGUUGCUAUGGGUUACCUCGCACUUCUGCAGGUGGCGACCUUUAAAGGCUGGAUGGAAAUCAUGUAUGCAGCUGUCGAUUCCCCAACAGAGGUGGACCUGCAGCCCAAGUGGGAAAACAGCUUGUACAUGUACCUGUAUUUUGUCAUCUUUAUUAUUUUUGGUGGCUUCUUCACGCUCAAUCUCUUCGUUGGAGUCAUCAUUGACAACUUCAAUCAGCAGAAAAAAAAGCUAGGGGGACAGGACAUCUUCAUGACAGAGGAACAGAAGAAGUACUACAAUGCCAUGAAAAAGCUCGGGUCCAAGAAGCCCCAGAAGCCCAUCCCACGGCCCCUGAACAAGUACCAAGGCUUUGUCUUUGACAUCGUGACCAAACAAACUUUUGACAUCAUCAUCAUGGUUCUCAUCUGCCUCAAUAUGAUCACCAUGAUGGUGGAGACUGAUGAUCAGAGUGAAGAAAAGACGAAAGUCCUUAACAAAAUCAACCAAUUCUUUGUGGCCGUGUUCACAGGGGAGUGUGUCAUGAAGAUGUUCGCUUUGAGACAGUAUUACUUCACCAACGGCUGGAAUGUGUUUGACUUCAUUGUUGUGAUCCUGUCUAUUGGGAGCCUGGUGUUUUCUGCGAUUCUUAAGUCACUUGAAAAUUACUUCUCCCCCACCCUCUUCCGCGUCAUCCGCCUGGCCCGCAUCGGCCGCAUCCUCAGGUUGAUUCGAGCAGCCAAGGGCAUCCGCACCCUGCUCUUCGCCCUCAUGAUGUCCCUACCCGCCCUCUUCAACAUCGGGCUGCUGCUCUUCCUCGUCAUGUUCAUCUACUCCAUCUUCGGCAUGGCCAGCUUUCCUAAUGUCAAGUAUGAGAGCGGCAUCGAUGACAUGUUCAACUUCAAGACCUUCCCCAACAGCAUGCUCUGCCUCUUCCAGAUCACAACAUCAGCGGGCUGGGAUGGCCUCCUAAGCCCCAUUCUUAACACAGGCCCCCCCUACUGUGACCCCAAUCUGAAUAUCUCCAAUAGCUCUUCAGGGAACUGUGGCAGUCCGGCUGUAGGCAUCAUCUUCUUCACCACCUACAUCAUCAUCUCCUUUCUUAUUGUGGUCAACAUGUACAUCGCAGUGAUUCUGGAGAACUUCAAUGUAGCUACGGAGGAGAGCACGGAGCCUUUAAGUGAGGAUGACUUUGACAUGUUCUAUGAGACCUGGGAGAAGUUCGACCCAGAGGCUACGCAGUUUAUCUCUUUUUCAGCCCUCUCAGACUUUGCAAACACCCUCUCAGGGCCACUGCAAAUCCCAAAGCCCAAUAAGAAUAUACUAAUCCAGAUGGACCUCCCCUUGGUCCCCGGAGAUAAAAUCCAUUGUUUGGACAUCCUUUUUGCCUUCACCAAGAAUGUUCUGGGGGAAUCUGGAGAGUUGGAUUCCCUGAAGGCAAAUAUGGAAGAGAAGUUUAUGGCGACUAAUCUUUCCAAAGCAUCCUAUGAACCAAUAGCGACCACCCUCCGAUGGAAGCAAGAAGAUAUUUCGGCCACUGUCAUUCAAAAGGCCUAUCGGAGCUAUGUUCUACACCACUCCAGAACACUCUCCAAUGCCCAGAGGGUACCCAGGGCUGAAGAGGAGAUUGGGUCACUCCCAAAUGAAGACUUUCAGGGCACAUACGUGGCAAAUGAACAUUGUGUGCUCCCAGACAAAUCUGUGACUUCCUCUGCCACAUCUUUCCCACCAUCCUAUGACAGUGUCACUAGAGGCCUUAGUGACCAAAUCAAUAUGAGCACAUCCAGCUCAGUACAAAAUGAAGAUGAAGCUUCCAGUAAGACAGCAAUUGCCCCUGGGCCCUAG